AUGCAUCCAAGCCUGGCUUAUUUCAACAAGCUCCAGAAUGGCAUGCAGGGUGCCUUUGGGAAGCCCCAGGGCAUGGUGGCAAGGGUUCACACUGGACAGGUCAUCAUGUUUAUCCGCACCAAGCUGCAGAACAAGGAGCAUGUGAUUGAGGCCCUAAGCAAGGCCAAGUUUAAGUUCCCUGACCAUCAGAAGAUCCACAUCUCCAAAAAGUGGGGCUUCAACAAGUACAAUACAGAUGAAUUUGAAGACAUGGUGGCCAAGAAGUGCCUCAUCCUUGAUGGCUGCGGGGUGAAAUACAUCCCGAAUCGCGGUCCCCUGGACAAGUGGCGAGCUCUGCACUCCUGA